UCUCUCUCUCUCUCUCUCUCUCUUUCUUCCCUCAGCACAAGAGCGACAUCGACAUCGAUAUAACCCGGAACGCACUCCACCCUUGUUCCUCCACCACUCGUUCCUUCCUCCCGUUCGUUCGUUCAUGGAACCCUAGCUAGCCAGCCCCAAAAGUACACCGAUCUUACUUACCCCUCCAUCAAAAAGAAGCUGGACAGGGGAGAGAGCUAUAGCUACUCAUCGAGCUCGCCCUUGUAGUGCUGCUGGUCGCCCGGGCGCAUACAUCGUCGUGUGCCCCCUCUCAAUCUGUCGUUCAUCGCUAUCAUAUAUACCACCUCCCCCCAUGGCACGCGCAAUUUGUCCCAUGAAUAAUAGGAUCAUCAGCUCCACCCCCCUGUCGAAUCCAUAGCUUCCCCCAGCUGCCCGUGAUCCAAUUCAUCCAUCGAGGAAGCUAGCCGCGUCCCCGGUGUCCUUGCAUCGCGUCCUCGAUCUCGAACCCCCUUUCCAAUCCGUGCUCUUACGGCCAAAAAGCUCGGCCGGCCGGGACCGGGAUCGAUCGAGGACGAUGAUGAACUUGCCAGCCUCCGCGAGCUCCUGCGACGACUUCAUCGGCGUCUAUGGAGCUCCUAGCAACAACCCAAGCCCCAAUAACCCGCCUCCACAGCAGCCAGCCUCCUCGCUCUUCCCGCUCAUGGAUCACCAGGAACAGCAUCGAGAUCACCACCACCUGGGCUACAACCUGGAGCCCAAUUCACUGGCCCUUCUCCCCCCAUCCAACGCUCACCACCACCAUGGCGCCACAAUCGCCGCCCACAGCGCGCACGACAUCCUCCAGUUCUACCCGACAGGCGCCACGCACCACCACUACCUUGCCGCUGCCGCGGCAGGAAAUAACCCCUACUCGGGCCACUUCUCUGGCGCCGGCAGCACCUUCCAGUCCUCCUACUACGGACAGCAGCAGCAGGGGCCGGAGUACAGCUACUUCCCGGCGCUGGUGAGCUCGGCGGAGGAGAACAUGGCGAGCUUCGCGGCCACGCAGCUCGGGCUCAACCUUGGGUACCGGACUUACUUCCCGCCGAGGGGCCAUGGCGGGUACGCCUACGGGCACCAUCCGCCAAGGUGCCAGGCGGAAGGGUGCAAGGCUGAUCUUUCUGGAGCUAAGAGGUACCACCGGCGCCAUAAGGUCUGCGAGCACCACUCCAAGGCCCCCGUCGUCGUCACCGCCGGUGGCCUGCACCAGAGGUUCUGCCAGCAGUGCAGCAGAUUCCAUUUGCUUGAUGAGUUCGACGACGCCAAGAAGAGCUGCAGGAAGCGCCUCGCGGAUCACAACCGGCGUCGGAGGAAGUCAAAGCCGUCAGAUGCCGAUGCUGCGGACAAGAAAAGGUCGACACAGGCCAGCAAAACCGCAAGUACCAAAGGCAAAGCAGCUGGAAGCAGCAGUAAGAGCACCGGUACUGGAGACGGGAUGGAUAUACAGGUGGUGGGGGUUGCAGACCUGUCUAAAGAUCAGGAUGAAACCAUGGGUCUUGGAGAGGUAGUCAAGGAAAUGCAGGUGGAUCCCAAAGGAAAAGCAUCAAUGCAGCAGCAGCAAGGACACCAUGGACUUCACCAGCAGCAGCAGAGCCACCAUGGCUUCCAUUUUCCUUCGUCCUCUGCGGGCUCCUGCUUCCCUCACCAGAGCCAAGCUGUGUCGAGCUCUGACAACACAUCAAAUAUCGCUCAAGUGCAAGAACCAAGCCUGGGGUUCCAUCAGCAGCACCACCACCAGCAGCACAACAACAUCCUUCAGCUCGGACAGGCCAUGUUUGAUCUUGACUUCGAUCACUAGCCACUAUAUAUAAUUAGUAAUAUUUAAUGCUGUCGAUCACUCGUACGUGCAUGUGUGUACGUUGCAGCAUUUCUUUCCAUCUUGUCUGUAUUAAUUACUGUAAUAUGGAUAUAAUAAUGAAAGCUUGUGCAUUGGCAGCAA